CACACAAAAAUGAAGAAGUGAAGGCAGGAAAAGUUUCUCCAGAGGAAAAAUGCAGGGCUUGUCCUUCACCCUGACGUCAGAUCUGUCUUUAAUAAAAUCCCCAAAGAGCCAAGAGAAAAAGGCAGAGUGCCUAGGCUAGGUUACCAGUAAAGGAUUGCUCUGAAUUCCCGAAAGUGGUGUUUUUGUUCAAAACGGCUCUAAAUCUGGGUUCAAUCAAUGUAUUUAAUCCCGGCUUCCAGGGAUGAGGUGGCUUUUGCCCUGGAUUCUAGCAACAAGCAGCAUUUUGCAGGGCUGGAGGCGAGCAAAACAUUGUUCAGAGGCCAUUGCCCAGACCUCCACCAUCAUGACCCCCACCAUCCCUGCUGCAACAGAGGCCUACACACGGACUCAGUACUGUAAGUGGCCAUGCGAGUGUCCGAAGUCCCCACCUCGGUGCUCAGUAGGAGUCAGCCUUGUCACAGAUGGCUGCGAUUGCUGCAAGAUGUGCGCCAAGCAGCGUGGAGAAAGUUGCACUGAGGCUGAUACCUGUGAUUUUCACAGGGGCCUGUACUGUGACUACAGUGGAGACAGACCUAGGUACGAAAUAGGAGUAUGUGCACAGAUUGUCGGUGUAGGAUGUGUCCUCAAUGGAGUCAGAUAUAAUAAUGGGGACUCAUUUCAGCCCAACUGCAAAUACAAUUGCACAUGUAUUAAUGGGGCUGUGGGCUGUAUUCCCAUGUGCACAAACUCACGGCCUCCCCUUGUCUGGUGCCCGAACCCAAAACUGAUUAAGAUGGCAGGGAAGUGCUGUGAGCAGUGGGUUUGUGAUGACUCGAAGAAAAUCAGGAAGACUUCUCCACGCCACAUCUCUUCUGCAGCGUAUGAGGGGGAGGAUGAAGCCUGGCAGAAGAACUGCAUUGUUCAUACCUCACCGUGGAGUCCCUGCUCAAAGACCUGCGGGCUGGGCAUCUCCACGAGGAUUUCCAAUGACAAUGAUCAGUGCCGGCUCCUGAAGGAAAGCCGUCUGUGCAACAUGCGGCCCUGCGAGGUGGAUAUCACCAAGCACAUUAAGCCUGGGAAGAAGUGCCUGGCUGUCUACAGGGCCAAUGAACCCAUGAACUACACCAUCUCAGGAUGUGUAAGCAAAAGUCCCUAUAGACCCAAAUAUUGUGGUAUCUGCACAGACAACAGGUGCUGCACACCCUACAAGUCCAAGACUAUUGAAGUGAGGUUUGAUUGCCCAGAUGGAACUGAGAUAUCCUGGAAAAUCAUGUGGAUCAAUGCUUGUUUUUGCAACCUGAACUGCAAGAACCCCAAUGACAUCUUUGCCGACUUGGCUCAUUACCAUGAUUACUCUGAAAUUGCUAAUUAAAUUGGCUGAAUGCUGGAAUUGACUCAUUGCUCUGAUUUUACAGAGGUUUUAAAAUAAAAGGAGAAUCUUUCAACCAA